AUGGCAUCGGCGACGGAUAUCCACGAAAGCCGCCAGGGAGAGUUUCGUGCGCAAACAAUCGCCAUGACUGCUCUUGGGGUUUUCUUUGUGAUUUUACGAUUUAUUUCGCGGUGGAAAAAGGGUCUGCAGCCUGGGUGGGAUGACUAUACGAUUGUGUUGUCGGUCGUGAUGAUUAACUAUGGCAUGGGGCGCCAUGCAGCCGCUCUGCCAACGGAGAACAUCGUGACUAUUGCAAAGUUGCUCAUGGCUUUCGAAUGUGUUUACUGCACAACAGUGGGGGUAAUCAAAAUUUCAAUACUGCUUAUGUACGGCCGCAUAUUCCCCACGCGCAAUUUCCGCAUCGCUUCUUAUAUCCUGGGUACCAUUGUCGUUGGUUGGGUCAUUGCUAUAAUAUGCGUGAGCGUAUUUCAAUGCACUCCUAUAGCCAAAGGCUGGAACAUGAGUUUACCUGGGACCUGUAUCAAUCUCAAGGCUUCAUUCAUUGGAAAUGCGGUUCCGAACAUUGCGACAGAUGUGGCUAUUCUUUCGUUACCGGUACAUGUUGUAUGGGGUCUACAUGCAAACCUCACACAUCGACUGUCGGUGAUUGCGGUAUUUCUUUUGGGUAGCUUUGUUGUAUUUACAAGCGCCUACCGGUUUUCAACACUCUUCGAAUUUGAUCCUACCGAUACCCCCUGGACACUCGCCCGGGCCUGUACCUGGUGUUUGAUAGAAUGCUCCAGCGGAAUCAUUUCCGCCUGCCUACCGACCUUGCGACCGCUGUUCAUGAUGCUUUCAUCAAAGUUCUCCAGCACCCUUGGCACUUCCAAUGCACACACGAGCGAUUUCCACAACUCGGCGCUUAAAAGCGCGAGCGGAGGACAUUCAGCACUGCGGCCAGAUUUGAAUCCCAAGCAAAAUAUACGACUGGAGAUCAGCCAAGCAGAUGAUGCAUCGGGAGAUGAGGUGCCAUUAAAUUCAAUCAGGGUGCAACGCGAUAUGACCUGGCAGGAAACGAUUUACGAUUCCCGGAGACAGGGUGCUUAA